GCUCGUCCUCCCGUCGCAGAAACCCGGAACUGCUCUCCAGUUCUCGCGAGAAGCAGGAGAAAAAGGCGCAGGGUUUGAAACAUGGCGGACGACGUGGACCAGCAACAAACUACCAAUACCGUAGAGGAGCCCUUAGAUCUCAUCAGGCUCAGCCUGGAUGAGCGUAUUUAUGUGAAGAUGAGAAAUGACCGAGAGCUUCGAGGCAGAUUACAUGCUUACGACCAGCAUUUAAAUAUGAUUCUGGGAGACGUGGAAGAAACUGUGACCACCAUAGAAAUUGAUGAGGAGACGUAUGAAGAGAUAUACAAAUCAACAAAACGGAAUAUUCCAAUGCUCUUCGUCCGGGGAGAUGGCGUUGUGCUGGUUGCCCCUCCUCUGAGAGUUGGCUGAAAUGAAGAAUUUAUCACGUUUAGAAAGUAGGAGACUGUACAAUUGCAGUUGUAAAAUAUACAAGACGUUCAGAGAGAGAAGCCUGCUUGGUUUUUUGAUAUUAAGACAUGAUCAAAGACUCUUCUCCUCCAAGAUGAGUUGAUCUGCAAGUGACUUACAAUUUCUUCAGCUGAAUUCUUAUUUUUCUCCAUUUGUUCUAAUAAACAUGAUCACCAAGCUGCAGGACUCCUCAGGAGUGAUUUGCUCCAGUA